AUGGCUUACGAAAUUGCUGAUUAUGACCGAGAGAAAGAAAAAAUAUGGGAUUUUCUAACUACUUUUUAUCACGAAGAGGCUGAUGGUAUGAAAUUAUUUCCAUACGAUAAACAAAUUGCUCGCCUUGCCGAACGUGAGCAGGUUGGAUUGUAUAUCAACAUGGAUGAUGUGAAUGAAUACGAUCCUGUGCUUUAUGUUGCUAUUCAACAAAACGCUCGACGUUAUCAUAUACUUUUUGGUGACGUAAUCGAUUCUUUAAUCCAGCAAAAAUUGGGAGAAAAACAGCCACCUGUUCGAGACGCUUUAGAUGCUUUCAUAUUUCAACGUGUCUAUUUGGACAGAAAGCAGAACGAAGACGGCAGUGGAGCAGAUCAAAUUCAAGAUUUGCGCAAGAAAUAUCCGCCUCAGCUGCUUCGUAGAUUUGAAGUAUUUUUCAAGGGAAGCUCUAUAAGUAAACCGUUGGCAAUACGUGAAGUGAAGGCAGCUCACGUGGGUAAGCUGGUUGUAAUAAGUGGCAUUGUCAUUCGAUCUACGGAAGUGAAACCAAUGGCUUCUGUUAUGACUUACACUUGUGAUACUUGCGGUUGUGAAACCUAUCAGCCGAUAGCAGGACCGGCAUUUAUUCCGCCACUUAAUUGUCCGUCGAAAGACUGUGUUGAAAAUAGGGCAAAUGGACGUCUGCAAAUGCAAAUUCGUGGAUCAAAAUUUAUGAAAUUUCAAGAAAUGAGAAUUCAGGAACUUAAUGAACAGGUUCCUGUUGGUAGCAUUCCAUGUUCUUUAACAGUGAACGUUAUCGGCGAAAAUGCAAGAGCUUGCGUACCAGGCGAUGUUGUCCGAAUUACUGGUACAUUUGCACCUCUAAUGAGGACUGGUUUUCGACAAUUUACCGGAGGCUUAACAACGGAAGUUUUUGUCGAAGCACAUCACAUCGAAAAUAUCAAUAUGAACAGUGAAGAUAUCCUUGGCGAGCAGUACGAAUUAACAGACGAGGAAGUUGAAAUAGUUUCACAGGAUAAUUUCUACGAAUUAUUGGCUUACAGUAUUGCUCCGGAAAUCUAUGGACACUUAGAUGUCAAAAAAUCAUUAUUGCUUGCUCUCGUAGGUGGUGUUGACAAAAAUGUCAAUGGAAUGAAAGUUAGAGGUUGCAUCAAUAUUCUUCUAAUGGGUGAUCCGGGUGUGGCAAAAUCACAGCUUCUGUCCUACGUAGAUCGUUUGGCAAUUCGUUCUCAGUAUACGACUGGUCGAGGGUCUUCUGGUGUUGGUCUUACGGCAGCUGUAAUGAAAGAUCCUGUUACUGGUGAAAUGACAUUGGAAGGAGGAGCUUUAGUGCUGGCUGAUCAAGGUAUUUGUUGCAUCGAUGAAUUUGAUAAAAUGAUGGAUGCUGAUCGAACAGCCAUUCAUGAGGUUAUGGAACAACAAACAAUCUCAAUAGCUAAAGCAGGGAUUUUGACAACGUUGAAUGCUCGUGUUUCAAUUAUCGCUGCAGCAAAUCCGGCAUUUGGGAGAUAUAAUCCUAAAAAAAGCAUCGAACAUAAUGUCGAUCUUCCAGCGGCACUUCUUUCACGCUUUGAUCUUCUUUGGCUCAUCCAGGACCGACCAGAUCGUGAAAGUGACAAGCGUUUGGCAGAGCAUAUCACAUAUGUUCAUAUGAAGGGACGUGAACCAGAGAGGGAAGGGAUGAAACCGCUCGAUAUGUCUCUAAUCAGACGAUACAUUGCAUUGUGCAAACGAAAACAACCUGUUAUUGAAGAAAAACUACGUGAUCGACUUGUGGAUAUGUAUGUGGACCUUCGCAAAGAUGCACGGAAUAACAGAAAUUCAGUAUUUACUUCACCUCGAAGUUUAUUGGCAGUUAUUCGACUGAGUUCAGCACUGGCUCGUCUCCGCCUUUCAGAUGUGGUCCAGUCAAGUGAUAUAGAUGAAGCAGUUCGUCUUCUGGAGGCUUGUCGAGCUUCGGUCACUACAGAACAACUGAAACAGCAUGAAAUUCCUAUUCUUGAUCAAGCGUUUGCUGUUAUUCGUGACUUGUAUCAUAGCAUCAGCGAUGAUGAGAAUCGUUCACUUCCACUACAGAGAGUAUUUAAAAAAUGUUUCGCGAAGGGGAUCUCAGAAGAAGUUGUACAGGAAUGUAUUAAUACUUAUACUGCUAACGGUGUUCUCAUGGUCGAUCGACAGCAACGAAUUGUUUUCACUGUUGCUUGA